CAGUGAGAAGCUGGUUUUGUGCUGCGCUUUUACGGGAGAAGCCUGGCUGCAUUAACUCUUACUAAAACAAGCACCUAGACAACUCGCACAAAAUCCAGUGAUGGAGGUCAGCUCCACAGAAGCCAGCAGCAGCUCCCAGGGAGGCACCGGCUGGCUGGAUCUUACCCUUGUCACCUGUACUGAAACGGUGACUUUCACUGAAGUGGUGAGAGAAGAGGAGUGGGGAUCCUUUUACUAUUCCUUUAAGACAGAGCAGCUGCUGACUCUUUGGAUUCUCUUUAUUGUCACAAUUGCUGGAAAUGCCACCGUGCUCUUCUCUACCUGGAGGAGGAAGCGGAAAUCUCGAAUGACCUACUUUGUUACACAGCUGGCAAUCACAGAUUCAUUCACGGGACUCAUAAACAUAAUGACUGACAUAAUUUGGCGCUACACUGGAGAUUUUAUGGCUCCUGAUAUCGUUUGCAGAAUCGUUCGCUACUUCCAGGUGGUCCUUCUCUAUGCCUCGACUUACGUCCUUGUGUCACUAAGCAUAGACCGGUAUCAUGCCAUAGUUUACCCAAUGAAGUUCUUGCAAGGAGAAAGACAGGCGAAAGUGCUUAUUGGAGUGGCCUGGAGCCUCUCUUUCCUGUUUUCCAUACCAACUCUGAUUAUUUUUGGGAAACGGCAGCUCUCCAAUGGAGAAGUGCAGUGCUGGGCUCUCUGGCCUGAUGACUCCUACUGGAUACCCUACAUGACAGUGGUGGCUUUCCUGGUGUAUUUCAUUCCUCUGAUCAUUAUCAGUGUCAUAUAUUCAAUCGUGAUUCGAACCAUCUGGAUGAAGAGCAAAGCUCAGGCUGUCAUCCUAUCCAGCUGUCCUGGUGGCACAACCUCUGCUGGCUACACCAGUCGUGGGUUCAUAUCAAGGGCAAAAGUGAAAGCGAUCAAGUACAGCAUUGUAAUUAUCCUUGCAUUUGUUCUCUGUUGGAGCCCUUACUUUCUUUUUGAUAUCCUGGACAACUUCAACAUACUGCCUGAGACUAAAGAGCGCUUCUACGCAUCCGUGAUCAUUCAGAACCUGCCAGCCUUGAACAGUGCCAUCAAUCCCCUCAUCUACUGCUUCUUCAGCAACCGCCUCUGCCCCCCUUUCGAGGAAAGAAGAACUCAAAGGCUGGGAGGGACUUUCCGAGAAAGGAGCGAUGGAGGGCAGGAGUUGCAGGUCCUGUCCAAACCAGAAUACAUCUAACACAGACGAUGCUUCGCAAAGCCACGCUGGAACCCAUACCGAAGAAAACAGAGGUCCCCUACAAGCCCUGUCAUUGUGAAGCAGAUGGACACUGGCAAGAGCCUACAAUUUGCUGCUCUCGUGCACCUUACAGCAUAUAUAUUUUGGAUCGGCAUUGCAGCUUCAGCAAUCUCACACUGCCAGUGCCAAACUCAGCGCGAGGUUUUUGUCUGCCUCUGUUUUGAGGCUUCAUCUUGGCCCUCUGUUUAAAGCAAGCUGUAAUCUAUGCAUGCUCCCAACAGCAAAAAAAAAAAAAAAAAAAAAAAAGUAAAAGGUGUCUAGUCAGAGUCUUCUCUCUUUUCCAGGAGUCGCUAAAAGCCAUCUACUGUACCAUCUGGCUCAUAUAACUUAUAGAGUGUUUACAAGUAAUUACAGAGCAAGGACCCCAGUUAAAAUGAAAACAUGGGCACUUUUCCAAUGAGAACACACCCCUGCCACUCAAUAUAAUUAUAUCUGUUUUCAUACAGAACCACUUACAAAGUCAUAGCCAGAGAAGAGGGAAAUAAAGGGUUGUGUCACUGCCUCUCACAUCUCCUGGCCUAGCUUCUCACCUCAUGCCAGCCACACCAUCCCUGUAGCUCUUCUCCCCAGCCAGCGCGAUAUUUCCCUACUGUGCUACCUUGGCACACCAGUGGCACCCCAGGAUCCCAGAAGGGCUCCACAUGACACAUCCGGAUAAUCAUUUAUUUCUGGGCUACUAAGGAAGUGUUUGCCAGCCCCUCCCAGACCCCAUGGUUCAUCCCAUGCACAGAUCCUUAUGUGCUUCUGUGACAAAGGCCCUGAACAGUCUUUUCAGGACCCUAUGGGGAGCUGCCAUACAGGGCACUUUGUCAUUGCAGAUUAAUCUCGCCACCCACACAGCAGCAUUUCCCUACCCCCUGCCCUAUGUAAAUCAUCCCUGCCACUUUAAUCAUGCAAGGAACCAUACACAUCUUUGCACAAACUCAGAGCUGGAAAAAGACCCAAGUGAAACCAUAAAACUCAAAGUACAUUUAGAAAAAAUUAGCUGUUGAUGAUCCAGUCUUCUAAACUCAUUGUGAGGCUCAAAGAACACCAUCCGUCAGGCAAAGCUUUGCUGCACGGCACCCAAGCAGUUGGGCAUCCCCUUCCCCCAGCCCUCAGGGCAUCCUCCCACCACACUGUUCUCAAGUUUAGGGAGAAAUUUCUCAUGCAGGUUAAGUGGGUGGGGGAAUGAUAUUAACCCCUGUGCUCCUUUUACCACAAAGCAGCUUGAAGUGUUUGUGCGAUAAUACACUCUAACCAGCUGUAUGGCAAGUGUAUUUGUUUCCUCUCAGUAAAAAAAUUAUUCUUACUUAAAUGGAGUCAGUUUUAAAACCUUUUUUUAUUAUUAUGAUCCUUUGCAAUGAGUUUGUUCCCUGCAAAACAAGAAUUGAAUAAAAUUUAUUUAUAAUUACCUAUAUUACUAAAAUACUUUUUCCUAAGAAGGAGAUAUAAAAAUUGUGGGGCUUUAUGUUCUCAGUAAAAUAAAUAAGGUAUCUCUCUUUAUUACCAUGAAGUUCUGUUACUUAGAUUCUAUGUCUAAAUUUUAAUAACUGCUUAAUUAAAACUAUGAAUCUACACCAGCCCUUACAGUAGCCACCUUGGAUAGACUGUAUAUAAGAACUAGACAAGAUUUUUUUCCCGAGGGCACGUAGUAACUUUCCCAAAAGUGGACUGCUUGGUUUAAGCUUCAUACUAACAUAGAUUGUGGGAUUUAACUUUUUCAUCUGAUACAUAUACACUGGCUACCUACUUUCAAACAAUUAAUAGAGUUUGUAGAUUUAAUACCUGUAAAUCAGAUAACAUUUCUGAGCAGUAAUUUAAUUUGCAAAUUUAAUGUGACUCAGUCUCACUAAAAUUUACACAUAAUUCUGUGUGGUCACCACAGGAAUUAUCCCAUCUAAAUUAAGCAUAUGCAUGAAUUAAUGUAGGACUCUAGACUUACAUGAAGUCAUUAUUCAUUUACUUUCAAAAAACAGUCUUUUGUUUCAUUCAUUACUCUAUUAUGUACCAUUUACAUGCUGUUAAUAUCCUUGCUCCUCUGGACCUGAUUGUGAUGCCUUUCCUCAUAUGAGACUCUUUCAGUUUAAAUGACCUCACACUGCUUUUGUCUGCAUCCCUUCCAAGUGCU